ACACCUCCCUGAACUGGAAAAUGAAAAAUGAGAGAGUGAUGGGAACCGUGGCCAUUAUUUUCCUAAGAACUCAACACCAUCAGACCUAUAACUCGUGUUCUGAUCUUAAUGCUUCCUGCGUACACACUACUCUGCAAAUAAAUAAAUAGUUGUAAGCUGUAUCGAGUUGUUGAAGAAUGGAUUGGCACGUCCAUAGUGAACUCUCUAUGGUGGUUACAUACAUAGGGAUCACCAUAUCUUUGUUGCUGAUGGCCGCUUUGCCACCAUCCCUUUCUCAAUCACCAACUUCCAAUAAUUAUCACUUCCUGUGUAGCCAGCCACUUAAGUGUGGCGCACUAGAAGUAUAAUACCCUUUCUGGGGGGGAAACCGACCCCGCCAGUGUGGCGGCGAUGAAAAUCUCCAGCUUACCUACUGCAAGGAGGAGAAUGAUGAUGGAUACGAAAAAAACCACGCUUACAUUAACAUGGGCUCACAACAAUUCAGUGUGGAGAAUGAGGAUCCCCUAAUUAACUAUUACACGGUGAAAUUGGUGCCCAUUCCACGUGACGGAGAACCUGAUCUUUGCUCUCUCAGUUUCGAUUAUUUUCUGAAUGACACUCUAUUCACCUAUAACCAAACAGUGCACAACAUCACCAUAUUCUAUGAUUGCAACUACUCCUCUAUAUAUUCGGAUAACCAUAGCCUAGGGUGCGUUGGUAGCGGUGGUGGUGGUCAUGUUGUGUAUUAUAAUGGUACGGAAAAAGAGGUGCUGGCAAGUCAUCAAGACCUCAAGAAUUGCCGUCAUCGUAUCCAAGUAGCCGCUGAGGCUGUUUCCUUGAAGGGGGACGGAGGUGGUGAAGCUUCUGCUCUGUAUUUCGGUAAAGGUGUGUCGGUGAACUACACUUAUUCUCAAGAUUGUAAGAGAUGCGUGGACAGUGGAGGAAGUUGCGGGAGCAACGAUACGCAUCCAUUUACCUGCUAUUGCCCUGAUGGAUCUAACGACCUCCAAUGUCCUCAUCGUAACAGAAAUCAUUUGAGAUGGAUAGUUAUAGGUACAGUGGCUACUGUUGUGGUUGGAGUGCUAGCCCUUGCCAUGGCCAUGGCCAUCUAUUUCUAUCAAAGGCGAAAGAAGACUACUUACGGAAUGUCUUCUGAUCGAUCAUCUUUCAAAGACACUGAGAAGAGAAGUCAAUACUUUGGACCGCAGCUUCACUGUUCUCUUGUUGUCGCAUGGCACUACGCUAGUUCAGGUGUAACAGUUGCAGUAAUUACAGUUUUCAGACUGUUGGCUACUUGUUUAGCGCCAAAAUCAUUGAAGAUAAAGAGUAACCAACAGAUUGAGACCUUCUUGAAAAAUCAUGGAGUCUUAACUCUGAAGAGAUAUAAAUUUUCGGAUGUGAAGAAAAUGACCAACUCUUUCAAAGAUAAAUUAGGACAAGGCGGUUUUGGUGCUGUAUACAAGGGAAAGUUAUCCAAUGGUUUUGAUGUGGCUGUCAAAAUAUUGAAUCCAUCCAAAGGAAAUGGUGAAGAAUUUAUUAACGAGGUAGCUAGCAUUAGUAGAACUUCUCAUGUUAAUGUUGUCACUCUUCUUGGAUUUUGUUUUGAAGGUCAUAAGAAAGUUCUCAUCUAUGAGUUUAUGUCCAAUGGUUCCCUUGACAAUUUUAUUUACAAAAAGGACCCUAAGAGUACUCCACUCUUGAGUUGGGAUAAUUUGUAUCAAAUUUCCAUAGGGAUUGCUAGAGGAUUGGAGUAUUUGCAUAGAGGAUGCAACAUUCGAAUUUUACAUUUUGACAUAAAACCACAUAAUAUUCUUUUGGACGAAAACUUUUGUCCCAAAAUAUCAGAUUUUGGGCUAGCAAAGCUUUGUCCUAGAAAAGAAAGUCAUAUUUCAAUGUCUGAAACUAGAGGAACAAUAGGGUACAUAGCUCCAGAAGUGUCAAAUAGACAUUUCGGUAGAGUUUCAUAUAAAUCUGAUGUUUAUAGCUAUGGAAUGAUGCUUCUAGAAAUGGUAGGAAUGAAGGAGAAGAACAUAACUGCAGAACCAAGUCAAUCAAGCGAGAUGUACUUCCCUGAUUGGAUAUACAAAAGGCUUGAGCAAGGCAGUCAAUUAGGACCAGAUGAUGAUGGGGAGGUGAUCAUAGAGGAAAAUGAUGUGGUUAAGAAAAUGACAGUGGUAGGUUUAUGGUGCAUUCAACCAAUUCCAGAUGAUAGACCAACAAUGAGCAAAGUUGUAGAAAUGUUGGAAGGCAGCAUGAAUUUCCUGGAAUUGCCUCCUAGGCCUGUUCUGUCUUCUCAGAUAAGGUUGGUGAUAGAAUCUUCUACUAUUGUAUCGUCAUUGACAGAAUCUUCUUCUAUUGUAAGUUAAGUUCAUUGCAUCGUGCCCCAUAAGUUGUCUAUAUGUACCAAUUACAAAUCGGUAGUUGUGUUUCACUGAUAAGUAAUUAAAUCUAUUGCCUUGAGGAGGAAAGAUAUUUUUGAAACAUUUUCUGUUUUCAUGUUAAGUGGUACCUAUAAUUUAUUGUAAGUAUGCAUUGAGAUCGGAGAUUCUAAAAUGUACGUAAUUGAUCAAGCAAUAGACGCCAAUAGUUAAAACAUGCGAACGAAAGUGUGGUGAUUGCUGAUUACCUUUGCAAUACAAAUAAAGAGUGCUGCUAAACUUUGAUGGGAAAGACCAUACAUGAUUUCCUAAGAAUAUCGAUACUAGAAGGUGCUCAAGGUUUUUGUUUGUUUCAACAAAGAA